GAGUUCAGAGGAAAUGAAACUGAAGAAAAUAAUUUAAAGUAUUUACUGAAUAAACAGAACUUUAAUAAGAGUCAAACACAGAUAUCUUGAAUAAUUCUCGAAUAAUGACCAAAGAUCCUAUAGCAGAUCUUUGAUAAUGACUACUAACCUUCGGACCCGGAAGUGUACCAUUGGCUUGCUACGUAUAUUGCGCUAUUCAGUGAAUGAGAGAAUCUGUCGGCAAAAGACAACAUAAACAAACGGAGCAACCACGGCAGGUGCACAACCUUUUAUCCGAAGUUCCAAAUAACGAAAAGCUCCAAAUAGCGGACAUUUUUUCAGUCCUUGAAGAAAGGUCCUUGAAGACGUUCACUGAGGGCAGCCCGCAGAGGUGACAGCGGAACCUCCUGUCAGUCCUUGAAGAAAGGGGAACUAAAUCCCCAUUCCUAAAAGAGUGACAUGGUUCUUAAGGAAGUUCUUCUAGUGGGUGCUGGUGCUGCCACUUUCAUUGCUGCAGCCCCUGUAGUUUUAGGGGCAACGGGCUUCACCGCCUCUGGGAUAGCAGCCGGUUCUGUCGCUGCAAAGAUGAUGGGUGCCACAGCUGUUGCCAAUGGAGGAGGUGUUGCAGCUGGAAGCAUGGUGGCUCUUCUUCAAUCAGCUGGAGCAGCAGGACUGUCAUUCAUUGCUAAUGCAGCAGUCGGGGCUGGAGGUGCUGUAACCGGUGCAUUGCUUGGACGCUGGAGAAAAUAACCUAAGAUAAAUUACCAUUCUUCCUAAACCCUGAAUAUGAUCCAAAAUGUAUUUGAUUAUUAAAAGUCCACAUGUAAAGCA